GACUGACAGCCCGUUAGCUGCUCACCGGCAAUGAUACAGCAAACACGGACUCAGUGAGACACACCGAGAUGGACUUAGCGUGCACUUUUUACCACUACAAAGACGGAUACUAUUUAGACACCCUUGUCUAAUGACAACACAAGGAGUCAAUUCUUCGCUAGGAUAUUUUUUGCUUCGUAAAAAAAGGAGACUCAACGUACAGGGGAGGAAUUUGUGCGACGUCUGAUUUCCUGCGACAUACACGGGCAGCUCAGAAGCUUUCACAUUCACUGUGAAGUAAAGCUAAACUAUUCUGAGCUACACUUAUUUAUGUGUGCUUUUGUGUGACACUAACUACAGCAGAAUAGUCCUGAUAAGUAUUGAGGAGAAACCAAGUUAUGGAAGAGUGUGGCUAAUCGCUACUGGCGACCCAACAUAGCUCCAAGCUAACCAGCGGCUAGCUGCAUUUAACAUUCUUUGUUUAUUUAAUUAGCUGUGUUUUUAUCCUACUGAAGUUGGAUUAAUACGUUAUUUAGUAAGUGUAUCGCCGCUUAUAAGCUAGUAUUUCAGUGUAACUACAUCCUUGAACAUCUAGCUCGAUCUUUAAAGGACAUAAAUCAUCUGACUUCUCACUUAUGGCUCGUUAGUAUCGCGGUACUGCAGCUGACCCAGCUAGCUAGCAUCUGCUUUAGCUAGCAGGUAGCACCAACAGCCGCCAGCCAGCCUUUAGUCGCUCAUUGACGGUAAAGAUGCACCACCAGGACUUCUCUGCAGACUCACCUGGGACCGCGAGCAGGAAGGCGGGUUUCCACUACAGGAGGGGUAGCAGCGGUGCGCCUGGCUCCCCCGCAGCCGGUAGCAGUGGCUCCAACACGGUCGACGACAAUCCCCCCCAGGCUGGAUCCAAUUCUCCCGGACUCCACCACCAGCCCCAGUCCCAAGCAUCCGGAGCUCAGGUGAAGAAGAAGAGUGGCUUCCAGAUCACAAGUGUCACCUCAGCGCAGAUCAACGUGAGCGGCAACAACAGUUUGGCAGAUGAUACGGAGAGCUAUGAUGACAUGGAUGAGUCACACACUGAAGACCUCUCCUCCUCUGAUAUGCUGGAUGUUUCCGUGUCCAGGGCCACGGAUACAGGUGUCCCGGAGAGAAGCUCCUCUGAUGACACACUCAACAGUCUCCAUGGGGUUGACACACCUGGAAUCGUGUCACCCAACGAGCCUCUUCACCCUCAUUCCGUCCCUCAGGGGUCUCAGCAGCACACCUCGAUGGUAAAUGGUACCAUGCACCAUCAUUUUUACCCUCAGCAGCCCAACCAUCAGCAAUCUGACAGCUUGGAAGGAAGUGAGCCCCCAUUGCCAGGCCUUCCCAUUGCUCCCUUGGCUAGCUCCAGCCCUGCUAUGGCUUCCAGAGUUGGGCCCAACCAGACGCAGAGGCUACCCAUGUUGGAUAACAGUAAACUUGCAGGUGGGACGACUCAGCCCGCAGCCCCUUUUGUUGCUGGGACAGCCGCUGAUCCGCAUCUGCAAGGCAGUGUGAGCAUUUCGAAUGUGUCAGCUGGCACUGCUGCUGCAGUACCUGUGUCUGGGCCUGCAGGUUAUGACAACACUAAUGUGAAUGGGCAAGCAGCUUCUGCUGGAGCCCCAUCUGCUGCCCCCAACACUCAAACCCAGCACACCCAAACUCAAACGGCCACCGGCUCUCGUUUUAGGGUGGUCAAACUAGACACUAACUCUGAGCCAUUCCGCAAAGGAAGAUGGAUGUGUACAGAGUAUUAUGAGAAGGAGGUCCAUCCUGUAGCUGCAUCUGAGGCACCAAAAGGUGUAGAGGUUGCUGUAGAGACUGAGGCAGGUAAUGCCGGGAUAAAUCAGGGUGUACCUGCUGUACAGCCGCCUCACACUCUUCAGCCCUAUCAGACCCCGAGCCAGGACUUCACCAGCCCACAAGCGGUGCAGAGCCCGCCCCAGGCCCAAACCACUCCUCUGACCUAUGUUUCACCCCAGGAGAUUGUUGCUGGGUCCCACAUGCAGCAAGCUCCUGUCACUCUCCCUACAGCAACACCACAGGCUGGUGUAAAUCAGCCGCCCUCUGUGAUACCCCAGCAGCUGCCCUACACUGUGGACCCCCACCAGGCUCCACCCCAGGGAGGUUACCCUGCACCCCAGUUCCAUGCUCCAGGAAGUGUGCGUCAGCCAGACUUUAUCCAGCCCACUGCACCCUUCCAGACCCAGGUCCAGCCUCUUCCACCACACGGUGCAGCGGGAAUCUCCAGCAACCCACUUCCACAGCCCCCAAUCAAUAUAUUCCAGCAGCUGUCCCAUCAUGGUCAGGUAGCCCCACCUACCCAGGCACCUUAUACAGGACAGCCACACACCCUCCCCACUCACCUGACACAGCCCCCUACUGCUACAAUCCCAGUAGCACCCAGCCACAGGACCCACUACAUGCCUUUGACUGCCCUGCAAGCUGACCUGCAGCCUCUCCUCACCCUGGGAGCCACCCUCACCCAGGGCCCCGGAGGAGGGGGCUCCUUUAGAACAUCGCAGCUGGAGGACGCCCAGAGGAUCUUGCUCCAGCACCAAGGCCUGCUGGGUCUGCCCCGGUUCGGGAUGGCAGCAGGUGGAGACGGGGCUGCAGAGGCCGGAGGUGCUGCAGGAUCGCUGGCUCACAUGGGGAUGUCUGCGGAGGCAAGCGCCUUCAUGGUGGCUGCUGCAGGCCUCAGGACCCACCAUGCUGAAGGAGAGGAGGACAGGCACUUUGUUGUGAUGGUCUUUGUUCAGACUGCAAUGCAUGGGAGACAGCCAAACAUGGAGGUACACGUGAGCCAUGCUCCAGUGGAGACCCAUGCUGAGAGAGAGAGUGAGCGUCCACUGAUGAGGAGUGACAAGGCGGCUGAAUGCAUGCAUGCUCUUCCGGUGCAGGUGUGGUGGCCAUUGACAACAAGAUUGAACAAGCAAUGGACCUGGUGAAGAGCCACCUGAUGUACGCGGUGCGCGAGGAGGUGGAGGUGCUGAAGGAGCAGAUCAAGGAGCUGAUCGAGCGCAACACGCAGCUGGAGCAAGAGAACAACCUGCUGAAGAACCUGGCCAGCCCCGAGCAGAUGGCCCAGUUCCAGGCUCAGGUCCAGACCGGCUCCCCCACCGGCCCCGGGCAGCCCCUCCCGGGCGGGACCCCGCUCCAGCCCCUCCCCCCCACACAGAGCUCCGGCACAUCUGCGUAACGGUGAACCAAUGCAGAGCCCCUAAAGGAUCAGAGAUGAGGGGAGGAAGAGGAGCUGUAGGAGGAGGAAGGAGCCUCGCCAUACUGUGAAGCGACUUUAGCAUCGACACCGACUAUGCCACCGUCUCCAGCCGCGCACCGGGGGGCACGUACUUUCUUUUGUUGCACAUUUAAUUUAACCGAAAGAGCCGCACCGGUGACCGCUUUUAUGACCUGAUUCAGACAAUCGUCUUCAUCGCCGUGAUGGCACAGCUGACAGGAAGUAACCGCCGUUUUUCCAGCGGAGGAAAGGAGCUAACGCAGGGCUCGGCCAAUCAGGAGGGAGCAUGAAUCCCUCGCUCGUGAAAAGUGUGCCAUCAUCUUCACCCCCCCCUCAACCCAGCCCUCUCCAUCAGCACAUCAUUUCUCAGUGCUGCAAUCCAUGAACUUUUUUCAGACGGACUAUAAAGAUCCGUACCAUCUGGAAUGUGAACUUUUCUUUAUCUGAAGAUGUGGGGGGGGUCUAACGAAUUAUGAAAUAAAUAUAUAUAUAUAAGCUGCGCCUCAUUGUUUCACGUGGAGAAGUUAGUUUUCUUCGCCCCGCCCUCAGCGCACUCUUUCUUUCUUGGAUGGAGCGUUAACAUUAUGCAGGGAAUCAAACGUUUUUCUAGGGGAAGUUUUUGUCUGUUUUAUGUUUUUGUUGUUCUCAAUGUCCUUGUGAUAUAUUAAAGUAAUUAAAGGAGAGGCAAAUCAGUUUCUAGACGAUGAACUCUGUAAACAUUUCCAAUUAAACUCUGCCAAGUGCCUGGUUUCUAACCAUAGAUACAUAUAUACAAGCUUUUCUUAGUUGUUUUAUUCAACAUGUGUAUAUAUAUGUAAAUAUAUAUAUAUCUAUGGUUUGCCAGGUUUUGAACUACCUGUGAUGUCAUUACUCAGGGUGGCAACACGAGGACUUUAACCUCGACACUAAAUGCUGUCUCUGCAGUGACACACAGCCUCGUACUGUAUGUGAACUCUCCUCGCCGACGCUUAUCGCUCUAAUGAUCUGGACUCUUUAUCGUUUUGGAGACAAGUGAUAUUGUAUUUUUUUUUAGGAUGGUUUAUUUUUUCUUUGGUCUUUUGUACAGCCGAGUGUUUUGAGUGGCUCGUUGUGCAACUGGAGCGCUGAACACAAUAAUGAGAAAAAUGCCUAGCCGAAUAUGUGGAUGUUUGUGCAUGUUCCUCAGCCCAUCACAAAUGUGACGUUACAAUUGCACUAGACAGUUGCACCUCAAAUAAAAAGUGAAAACAAAAAA